UGCGGCGCCUUGGCGGAAAGAUGGCGGCGGCCAUAGAGUGACCGGACGGCGGAGGCGUCGGGAUCCCGCUGCGGCCCGGAGAGGGAACGAUGAAGUGAUGGAUCAUGACGCUCCGACCAUCAGGCCCCGCAGAAUCCAGAACCAGAAUGUCAUCCACCGCCUGGAGCGCCGAAGGAUCAGCUCUGGUAAGGCCGGCACCCACUGGCACCAGGUCCGGGUCUUCCACCAGAAUGUCUUCCCCAACUUUACUGUGGUCAACGUUGAGAAGCCGCCCUGCUUCCUGCGCAAGUUCUCCCCCGAUGGGCGCUACUUCAUCGCUUUCUCCUCGGACCAGACCUCCCUGGAGAUCUACGAGUAUCAGGGCUGCCAGGCAGCAGAGGAUCUCCUGCAGGGUUAUGAGGGAGAGAUCUUGGCCAAUGGCAACGACCAAAGAUCUGUCAACAUCCGUGGGCGGCUCUUUGAACGUUUCUUCGUCUUGCUUCAUAUCACCAACGUGGCCUCCAAUGGUGAGCACUUGAACCGCGAGUGCAGUUUGUUCACAGAUGACUGUCGCUAUGUAAUUGUUGGCUCUGCUGCCUACCUGCCCGAGGAACCUCACCCCCCAUUUUUUGAGGUUUAUCGCAACAGUGAGUCGGUGACCCCUAAUCCCAGGUCCCCUUUGGAGGACUAUUCUCUGCAUAUCAUAGAUCUUCACACAGGUAGACUGUGUGACACAAGGACAUUCAAAUGUGACAAAGUCAUCUUGUCUCAUAACCAGGGCCUAUACCUGUAUAAGAAUAUCUUGGCUAUUCUCUCUGUGCAGCAGCAGACUAUUCAUGUCUUUCAAGUGACACCUGAGGGCACAUUCAUUGAUGUACGGACUAUAGGUCGCUUCUGCUAUGAGGAUGAUCUCCUGACCCUCUCCGCUGUCUAUCCAGAAGUGCAGCGAGACACUCAGACAGGGAUGGCAAACCCAUACAAAGAGCCCUUCAUAAAUUCUCUGAAACACAGACUGUUGGUGUACCUGUGGAGGAGGGCAGAGCAGGAUGGGAGUGCAAUGGCAAAACGGAGGUUCUUCCAGUACUUUGAUCAGUUGAGGCAGCUGCGCAUGUGGAAAAUGCAGCUGUUGGAUGAGAGCCAUCUGUUUAUUAAAUACACCAGUGAAGAUGUGGUCACAUUGCGGGUGACAGACCCUUCACAGCCUUCAUUCUUUGUUGUGUACAACAUGGUGACCACAGAAGUUAUUGCUGUGUUCGAGAACACUUCGGAUGAGCUACUGGAGCUCUUUGAGAACUUCUGUGACCUCUUCAGGAAUGCCACCCUGCACAGCGAGGCUGUCCAAUUUCCCUGCUCAGCUUCCAGUAACAACUUUGCCAGACAGAUCCAGCGCCGGUUUAAGGACACUAUUGUGAAUGCAAAGUAUGGAGGGCACACAGAGGCUGUGCGGAGGCUGCUGGGUCAGCUCCCAAUCAGCGCUCAGUCUUACAGCGGCAGCCCUUACCUUGACCUCUCCCUCUUCAGUUAUGAUGACAAGUGGGUGUCCGUCAUGGAACGGCCAAAGACGUGUGGAGAUCACCCCAUCAGAUUUUAUGCCCGGGAUUCUGGCCUUCUGAAGUUUGAAAUCCAAGCAGGACUCUUGGGCCGACCCAUCAAUCACACAGUACGACGCCUGGUUGCAUUCACCUUUCACCCCUUUGAGCCCUUUGCCAUCUCGGUGCAGCGGACUAAUGCAGAAUACGUUGUUAAUUUCCACAUGAGGCACAGCUGCACAUAGUACAAUCCUGGGCUGGGGCAGCUGUUGCCAUCAUGGACACACCAAAGCCAGACACUCAUGCCUUCUAGGAAACCAAACCAUUGCUCACCUACGGAACCUGACCUGGAAGCCCUAACCAACCAGCAUUGUUCCCCAGCGUCUGCAGCUGGCACUCGCAAGCCAUUGAAAGAGAAUCCCAUUGUGCUUCUAAAGAAGCCAUCUUGAUUGGAGAUAAUUUCUUUCUAUAGAUAUCCAGUUCAUAUUGCCAAAGCCCCUUGUUGCAUUAAACCCUGUCUUUUCCCACACCUAUUGGUGAACAAAAUGUAGCUGAGAAACCUUGCCUGUUUCUCCAAGGAGUGUCUUCUUUUCUCUCGCUUUGUCUGUUUUGUGAUAGGAAAGGCAGAGUUCUCAAACCUCCUUCUAUACCGGUUCCCUUCUACUUAGUCAAGACAAGUAGCCCAUCUUACAGAGUGGGAAUAGAAGCUAUGGUGGUGGGUUUUUUUUUAUUUGUACCUUUACUGUUAUGAGGAAACGAAACUAGCUCUUGUGACUCUCACAGUGCACUCAAGCCACAUCAGUAUGCAAGGCAUUAGGGGAGAAAGGUCUCUGUUAGAGGGGUGGUCUAGUAGUUAGAGCAGGUCACUGGAAUCUGGGGAGAUGAUUUCUGUUCCUGACUCUUAUGCAAGUCACUUAAUCUUUGUGCCUUAGUUUCCAACCGGCAAAUGAGGAUGUGACUGAGCCGCCUUCUGUAAAGCACUUUGAGCCCCUCAGAUGAAAUGUGGCAAGUACCAAGGAAGGGAAACCAGAACUGCCUAAUGUGUGAGCUAGGCUGUAGUGUGGGAAGAUGGGUAGCUAGCAGCAGGAAUGCAUGAGAGAGGCUUGGAACUUGAGAGCAGUUUUCUCUUUGGUCCCUCGGUUAGGGAAAAGAGCUGCAUGGACCGGGAAUGUGUCCCCAGGGGUAGGUGUCGUCCUCUUCCCUCACCCUGCUUCUGCUGACAGGGUGGGAAAGAGCCAGCCCUAGUCUCUGGUGCAUGCCAGGUACGUGAAUGUGGUGAAUGUCUGACUUGUGGCAUCCUUGUCUUUCCCAUGGCUGCUAUGUGAUUCCUCAGACUGUAAGGUUAUAGUCACCAGGGGAUAACACGGUUAGACCUGAGAGAGCUGAUUCUAGAGUGUCUGCAUCUGUUUGGCACUGGAAUGUCGUGGUGCUUGCCUUUCCCCUGAUGUUAGAGGACAGCUGGGCUGGAUUUUGCACUGGGAGAAGGGGAGACUUGGAUUCAUGUGUAUUGCUGGGAGCUUGUAGCUGAAGGUCUGACUUUGCUGACUUACUGCUGCCUGUCCUCUCCUGCUUCACACCCUAUUCUCUGUGAGAACUGGGGGCGAGGUGGCAAGGGGUGCCAAUGGGUGACUGCCUGGGAUUGAAGCACAGCUUGCUGGUGUAUCGCUGUACGCUUGAAGCAAGAUUGACUUCUACGUUGUCUGAGAUGUGUGCAAAAUGAGCUGCUAUUCUUGAAUCCAGAAGAUGUACACCUUAAUGCCUCUGGGUCUGAGCUUGUGCAGGCUUAUAUAAAUGCUGGCCCUGCUUUGAUCUGAAGAUCACUUCAUUGUUGGCUGCUUUUGUACUACAAGGUAGCACAUGGGCUUUCUCGAAACUUGUGCAUACCAAAAAUGUGCAUGUUGCGAGGGAGUGUUGUCAUCUUAGGCAAACACAAGGCUGGUGAAAGGUGCUGGAUUGACACUGGAAACCGCUGUUCUCUGAUGCACAUGGUGGGCCAUGACAGGGCACUGUCCUUGAGGGCACCCCCCUCAAAGGAAAGCCCUUCAGACUAAAAGCCCAUUCAUAUCUGCUGAAGGUACUAAAAAGGGGGCCAGUUGUGAGUAAUAUGUUGUGGCCACUUGUCUGCUCGGAAAGUCCUGAGGUCACAAGCUCAUCUCAGACAUCACUGAAUAGCCAUCAGAUAAUCUUAUUUUUGUCACUAUUGACCUGGGCAGGGUUUGGAUACCUCACCUAGAUGUGACAGGCUCCACAUCCUACCCUAGAUUCCUUGAGCCAUCCUGUCCUUUGGAUGUUUACAGCCCUCAGUGUAGUUCUUUUGCUCUAUCUUCCUUUCUUCUGUCCUCCCAAACAUAGCCCCAUCUCAACACUAUAAAGCAGUUUUUGUAUAAGGAUCUCAAAGCACUCUUACAAAAGUAUUGCUGCCAUUUUGCAGAUGGUGAAAUUGAGACUCAGAUGAAAUAAUUCAUAUGACCUUGUGUAAACUGAGUAUAGACUUGACUUCCAGUUCUAACCAGUAGCCCAUCUGCAUCUAUGCAGGAUUGCUAAGGGCUUUCAAAGCCUGGCUAUGGAAAAUGUAGUCCUAGGGCAAGAAUACAUAUUUCUUUGUCUUCCUUCCCAGGGUAUUUGUGCUGUUGGGAAGUUUCUCGGGGCUGUAACAAAUGACUUCAGGUUGGGAGGCCACUUGCUGGGGGAGGUGUCAGGACAUGCAUGCAGUAGUGCCUCAUUCCUCUCCAGCCCAGAACACUAUUUUAUGGUUUUAGAAUCUUUCACCUACAAUCUGAUUCUCAAACUCUUUCUAUUAAAGCUCCGAGCAGGGAGUCUUCGCACAUUGUCUCCUCGAUAAAAUGCACUGUAGCUGAUAGAUAACUGAGUUAUCUGCUUUCUCUCACCAAAAGUUCACUCUUCAUUACCCUUUUCCAUUGUUAAUGUAUCUUUCUGUCUUUCCCAGAAGUUCUCAGCAGUUCCCAUUAACUCCUUGAUGCCACAAGCUAGCGGCCCCUCUCCCUGGAGCUCCAGAUGGGGUGGAGCAAUGCUUCAGAAUAUCUCAGCUUUCUGUUGAUACCGUUUCCUUUAAGUGGUAUAAGU